AUGUCUGCCCAACAGUACUACCAGCAGCAGGGUCCUCCCCAGGGCUACCAACAACAGGGUGGCUAUCCCCAGUAUCCCCAACAGUCCUAUGGUGGUCAACAGGGCGGUUAUCCUCCUCAGCAAGGCGGCUACUACCAGCAGGGCCCCCCGAUGCAAUACCAGCAGCAGCCCCCCAGAAAAUCAGGUGGCGGCGCCGGCACCGGUUGUCUAGCUGGUCUCCUCGGAUGCUGCGUGUGUCUCGAGUGCUGCGACUGCUGCACCGACUGCUGCGAGCUGUGCCUAUAA